UGUAGCCGCAGCUGUCGCUGCCGCCAUGAACAGCGUUGGGGAAGCAUGCACGGACAUGAAGCGCGAAUACGACCAGUGCUUCAAUCGGUGGUUUGCCGAGAAGUUCCUCAAGGGGGAUGGCUCCGGGGACCCCUGCACCGACCUCUUUAAGCGCUAUCAGCAGUGUGUUCAGAAAGCAAUAAAGGAGAAGGAGAUUCCUAUCGAAGGACUGGAGUUCAUGGGCCAUGGCAAAGAAAAGCCUGAAAACUCUUCUUGACCUUGACAGUCA